AUGGACGGACUGAACGAGUACCGAACGGCGCGGGUCGCCGACAUCCUUGCCGACUUUCGAAAUCUACAGUACUUUAUCGCCGCAGCGCCAACAGACCCCUCAAACAUCGACGACUACUACACCGAAGGCUGGGCGGCUUUGCGCCAAUGCGCCAUAGACGGCCAGCACAUCCUCAACUGCGCAGCCGACGUCACAGUACCUCAAGCCAACGGCGGCGAAGCGGAACAACAACGAGCAGAGUUAAAACAGUGCGUUGAAUACCUCGCUAAAUCCAUAACAAAUGCCGUCGAUUUCCCAUCGAAAACGAGAAAGCCACUGACACUCAACCCCUUCUGCAGAAUCCUUUUAGACGCAUACUCUCGUAGGCACGAAGGCCAAAAGAUCUACCUCCGCCAGGCAGCGGCACAAAGAUGGAUCGAGUAUCGAGAGACCAUCCUCCAAGGCCAACGGCCUAAAAGUUCGCACAGAAGGCAACUUAGAGCUUGUGAUGAACAACUACGAGGUGAACUUUCACGAAUCACAGACGAGUACGUCUAUCAAGAACUUCAGACAUCCGACAUGGCGAUGGGCCGCUGGACGGCCGAAGACCCUAGUCUCCGGUCUGUUCAGCGCUGGGUGCGGGCACGCCCGCAAACAACUUAA